CGGACAUGCGCAAUGCCAGCGAAACAAAAAUAUUUUUUUUUUCAUCACAACGCACAAAUUGGGAAAAAACAACUUCGAAUUUCAUUUGGGCAAAUUAAAAUAAAUUUAAAAAUAAAUUAAUUCCAAGAAGAUGCCACUUCUGGAGGACAGUGGCAUUGAAAGUGAAGACAAAUCAUCGUUUGUUACCGAGGACCCUGACAUGGACACGAGUACUCGAUUGAAUCAUGACGACACAUUGGACCAUAUGGCAGAUUUGGAAGUGAGCUUUCGGGGAGCAAUUGAUUCCAAAACUACCUCAUACAAUGCCAGAGAUUCUUCGCCCACACAUCACAGUAGCAGUGACAUAGAGGACCCCAUUAAACCCCCCAACACAUGUCGCAUCUUGCAGCGGAAAUUGGAAUUGAAAGUUGAAAGGGCAAAGAGGAACUACACCCACUAUCAAGAGGAGAGUAAACGCAAAUCUCAGUCGGCAACACUUAUACCGAUUAAUCGCCUUCCCAUACCUGGAGAUGUGGAGCAAAAGCCUUUGGUAGACUACAAAUCCGAGAGUGACGAAUGCGAGGAGAUAUCCUUCUUUCCAUCACACAUGCACAAAAGCCGUAUGCGAAAACAAGCCGAGCUCACCGACACCUUCAGCAUACAGGAAAUGACAAUCGAUUCCGAUUUGGAGUCGAACGAUUCACAGAAUUUGGAACUGUUGACGCCCCAUCUGAAGAGAAGCUUUGUGGACUAUCUGAAAACUUGCUUUUGCCUGCAACCUUCGAGUUAACAAAACGGUUUCAAAGUGCCGACAACAAAACUCUUUACUUGCUUCCAAUACUCUGACAUAACUAGCUCCAUAUAUGCCCCCUAAUAAUAAAAAAAAGGUUUUCAUUUACUUUAGAUCAAUAAAAUUAUGAUCUCAGCAAUCUCUAUCUCUAGCCCCAGAGCGGAGAGUUGAAUUUAA